AUGGCGCACUCCAGUCUGCUUGGUUUGGUCGUAUUUUUGACAUGGAGCGGAGCAGGCCACACAGCCUCCUACCCGAACCUGGAGUGUUGUUGUUCGACUAAGAUGUACACGUACGAAGGGAACUUUAGGGACGAUACUACCCAGCUAACGUGCUCCAAAGCCUAUUCUUUACACUCCAUCCCAAAACCUUUACCAACCGGUCUGAAACGAUUCGAAAUAUGGAAUCAGAACAUCCCAAAUAUCACACCGGGGGACUUUCCUAGUCUCCAAUAUUUGGAGAUAUUGACUAUAUUUGAGAGCCAAGUUGUGACCAUCCAACCACGGUCAUUUCAAACCUUACCGAAUCUGUCACAACUCUCCAUAACCAAGAACAAGAUCACCCGCUUAGAGGCCGAGACAUUCAGGGGACUGACCAAACUGGAAUCCCUGAAGUUGAACAUUAACCGGCUACACUACAUUGAUGACGCGGCAUUUGUUGGACUCGCCAGACUACGCAAGCUUUCCCUGAGCAGCAACUGUCUUUCCAGCAUUCCGCAGGGGACAUAUCAGUCCCCCUGGCCUCUAGAGUUCACGAUGACGUUUAAUCCUUUAACGUCACUCAUCGCACCUGAAGAGCUGAAGCACGUCUCACGUCUGGUUUUGGCUCAAAACGGUCUCCCGUGUGACUGUAAGCUGCGCGAUAUGAAGAGAUGGACUAGAAACAAGCAGUGGAUCAUCAAGUGUGGCACUUACCCGUACAAGAGAAUCCAAACGUUGUCUCUGGACGAUCUGAAGUGUGACUACAAGGUGUCUGUGUCCUCAGACUACGGGACGGUUACAGGUAACGUUUCGCUCACCUGUCAGACAGACUGUCAGGAAGGUCUAGAUCUGACGUUCUCUUGGAUCGCUCCAAAUGGAGACCUUCUGUCGUCAACCCGCGAGUACUCCAGAGCCUACACCGACGUGAGAGAAUCGUACUGUAAGGAAACACCCGUCACCAGACGUGAAACAAAGAAAACGUGCUACUCCGUGCUGCACAUCUCCACACUCCGUCGCGGGAUGGAAGGUCGGUACACUUGCCUGGUUACGGCCAAUCAUGCUAACGCCGCGAGUGCGUCCACUGUGCUCACUGUCGCUAGCACCGAGCCUCCAAACGAACUCCAGAAAGCAACAAACGAGACGAGCACAAGAACCUACACGUACACGUACGCCUCUCAGUCCCAAACGACAUGUACACCUACUUGGGAUGCAACGACAGCCAUGGGAGGCAAAGGUGUCGAAACGGAGGCCGCUACAUCCAGCCCUGGCCGUGGACUAUCUCCGAUGCAACUUGUCCUGGUUGGACUGGCGCCUGUCGUUGGAUGCUCCGUUAUCGUGAUGGUGAUAGCUGUUUGUGUGAGCAAGUGUAAAGGAGACCGUCAGCGGGACAACGCCAAUGGACACAGGAGAAGAUACUACGGCAACGAUGACCAGAUCUCAGACACGGACUCAGCAGCCAGAGGGGUCAGCUACGAAAAUGACGACCAAUUUUCGGACACAGAAGGGAAAAACGGAGUUCAUUAUGAAAACGACGACCAAUUUUCGGACACAGGCGUUGGAAAGAGAAACGAAUACGAAAACGACGACCGGUUUUCUGACAGGGACUGCACACACGGAGGUCAGUAUGAAAACAACGACCAGUUUUCUGAUGAUGACGAUGAUGUUGCGAGCAAGCAUCCGCGCCGGACAGUCCCUCAAAACUUGCCCUGUAAGAAACCAGGGAAGACACCUUCCCUUGCCAAGGCUGAAAGUGACCGACCUCGUCGCAACCAGAAAGUGACAAGGGAUAGGCCCAGAGUCAAGAGUAACGUGUUACGUGUACUUGCAGACGUUCACGCUCAAGCACAAGCAAACGGACAAUAUGACAACGACAACAAAGCAACAGGACUCUGCAACACUGCCAAUGCGACAAGGAGCAGGCCCAAAGCCAAGAGUAAUGUGUUACGCGUACUCGCCGAAGUCCACGCUCAAGCCCAAGCGAGUGGGCACUACGACAACGAUACGAACGCCUCUGGAAUCAUCAAAAGUAAGGCCACGACAUCUUCGGACAAUGUGGCGUCAGACGGCGGUCAAUAUGACAACGAGAGACCAGUCACAGAUUCAGUCACAACGCCGGCGUCAGAAGCCACCAAACGAAGUGAUGACGGGAGCGACUCAGACAUGACGCUCCCUACCCAUUCUCCAGGAGAAGACACUGGGAAUGGAGAAAAGACACAAUCUGAGGGAAAAGCGGACGACAGGAACAUUACAUCCACCUCUGCAUGUGCUGAUGAUGUGUCAGACAACGACUAUAUAACGUUUCCUGGGGAGGAAAAUGUUGACGGGAAAACAGGAAAAAGAAAGGACGCAAAACAAGAGGGUGCUCACACCAAUGUAACGUUUCCUGGAGAGGAAAAUGACGAAGAAUGGCAAAAAGAGGCAGAAAAGAAAGGUGAACACACGCCAGACAUAGACACUGAUUCGUCCAACGCAGAGGACAAUAGUGACCACACCUAUGUGACGUUUCCUGCGGAGGAAAAUGAUGAAAACGAACGAGAAACAGAACGCCCAAAUGGUCAAGCGUCAGACUUAGAUGUUGUGCCGAUCAACUCAGACGACAUUUCUGAUCACGUUUACGUGACAUUUCCUGAGACAGAAAAUGCAAAGGAAGACGAAAAUGAAACAAAACCUCAAGAAGGGCACAUGCUUGACUCAGAAACUGAUUCGUCCAACAUAGAGGAGGACAGCUCUGACCACUUCUAUGUGACGUUUCCUGGCCAUGGGGAGGAAAAUGAUGAAAAACAGCAAGGACCGUCAGGAAAAAUGGACGAACCCGUGUCGGACUUAGACACUGCUUCGUCCAACACAGAGGAGAACUCGGGCCACGCCUAUGUGACGUCAUCUGGGGAGGAAAAUGACGAAGAAACAGCAAAGAGAGGCAGGGAAGACGGUCGGACAUGCGUCAAACUUACACAGCUUUAUUUCACACAGAAGUAACACGUGUAAAAACAGGGAAAUACAGGUGACCUUAUCUGACCAGGACUUACAACAUACAAUGUAAUGCAUGUCUGUGUAAUAGUCUCAAAGAAUGUAAAAGUGAGGGUUGUUACAAAUUUGCACAAAAACAGUUAGAUUAUUAACAUUCUGUAUCAGCCAUUCGAGAUGGAAGGAUGCCUACUACACACCAGCCAUGUGAGAAAUGUCGGAUCUGAGUCACGACUUGUUUUGAACACCCUAACAACAUUCUGAGUGACAGACUAAUUUCUAACCUUUACAUUACGUUACGUGUGAUGAAUAGUACAACGGUGUAGCUAUGGCGGUACAAG